UGGAGCGUUACCAAGGAGACGGCGUACAGGACUGGAGACGGAGAGCGCAGCAGCUAACAGGCUAGCAGGCUAACGAGCACCGGAACCACCGGUAGCCGUUAAAUAUUUAAAUCAUCUUCUACUAUAAAAAUUAAAAUUUAAAGCCGGCCUCAGACUCGUGGGGCUCGGCCACACUCCGCUUUCUGUCGGCGGUUCAGAGCUACAUGGCUUGUUAGCAGGUUAGCAUGCUAACCAGCUAAUCUGAGAACCCUCCAGAACACCACCCGGUCCGCCGCCUGCAGCCCGUCGCUCCUCUCUGCUGCCGGGAUGGACGCGAGCUAGCAACCGGGUUGGGACGCUCUGCCCCGGAUCUGUGGGUCUCCGUUCUCCAGUGGAGCCCGGCGAGUCUCUCCGGGGCACGGCAGAGCUCCAAGCCACAGAACGGGCCUGGACUCCGGGGGAAGAUGAGGUGCGGAGGACCGGAGGGCCGAGACGUAUCCCGAUUCCCGUUAGCCCGCCUUACCCAGGAUGGACGUGUGCAGUAGGAACCCUAACCGGACGGCUCCGGUGGGUGAGGAUGGUUGUGGUCGCGCAGAUGUUCCUCUGUGUUCUCGGACCAACGGCUGGUCGUGGCCUCCUCACCCCUUCCAGCUGCUGGCCUGGCUGCUCUACGUUUACUUCGCCGUCACCGGCUUCGGCGUGUUCGUCCCGCUGCUGCCGCCUCACUGGAUUCCUGCAGGCUACAUCUGUACCGGCGUCAUGUUCGUCUGUCACCUGUGUGUCCACGUCAUGGCCGUGUCCGUCGACCCGGCCGACCACAAUGUCAGAACCAGGAGCCACCAAGGCCCGGUGCCGGUGUUCGACCGCUCCAAGCACGCCCACGUCAUCGAGAACUGCCACUGCUACCUGUGCCAGGUGGACGUGGGACCGAAGUCGAAGCACUGCAGCGCCUGUAACAAAUGUGUAGCCGACUUCGACCAUCACUGCCGGUGGCUCAACAACUGUGUGGGCAGCAGGAACUACAAGUUGUUCCUGCACAGCGUGAUCUCAGCUCUGCUCGGAGUCUGUCUGGUUCUGGUCGUCUCCUCUUACGUCUUCAUUGAGUUCUUCAUGGACCCGUCCAAACUACGCACCGACAAACACUUCUCGGGUAGGAAUGAGACAGGUGUGUGGUUCGUAUUCCUACCUGUGGCUCCUCUCCGGUCGGCUGCAGCAGUGAUUCCUGUCCUGGCUGCCGUUACUGUCGCUCUGUCUCUGCUGUCCUCUGGACUGCUCUGCCACCUGCUCUGCUUCCACAUCUACCUGAUGUGGAACAGACUCAGUACCUAUGAGUACAUUGUGCGUCAGCGCCACCGUGUGGACAGCAGAGACUCCAGGAAACCUGGAUCAGUGAAGGAGGCUGCAGCUGCUUCGGUCCUGAAGGAUGUGGGCUACUCGGGGACUCUAGGUUACACCAACCCUCAGCUGGACGUGCAGGAACCUACCACUGUGGCUGUGCGGGGGGAAGCAGAGUUCCUGGCUAACGGCAGAGUGAUCAGUGUAUCCAGUCCUGUCAUGGAGGAAGAAGCUCCGCCCACCCACUCUACAGAGAGGAAAGCAGCAGCACACAGACACACACAGAAGAAGAAGAAGAAAAAGAAGAAAGUUCCUAAAGUCCCAGCAGAAGCCCCGUCCCCAGCAGAACCUGUGUCUUCGGCGUCUCUGGGUCAGCGCCUCCCUUUUCCAGCGUUCCCUCUGAGAUCCUCCCUCACGCCACUGGCCCCUGCUGGCCCCGUCCAGGCCGCCGCACCCCCUGCUGAGUACCACUCGGACUCUGCCGAGUCUCUGGAGGAGAUCCCGGUGGCGCUGGCCAAGCUGGGCUCCUCGGCGGGCGGAGACGCCUCCACGUCCUCGCAGCGAGCCCCGCCCUUCCCCCUGCCCUCCCCACUGCCCAGGACUAAGAGGAAGGCCUCCCGCCCACACAAGGGCGCCGCCGAGCUCAGGUUCGAAAUGGCGUCCACACAGCUGCCCUCCGUGUUCGUCAGCCGGGCCAGCGGGGAGGCCGAACCGAGGGAUGAAGGCCUGAGUCUGGGCAGGAGGGCAGGGGGAAGACCCCUGGGAGCAGCUUCUACCUCCUGGAUGGAGCGCUAACCUGAUCUCACCUGUUCUCGCCUGUCUGCUCUGAGGACUCUCUUGUGGAACUGAAGGUGACGCCUGGAUGGAGCGCUAACCUGUUCUCACCUGUCCUCCCCUUUUCUCACCUCUUUUCUACAUGAACUUCUGGACCUGAAGCUUCUCGGCCGUAAACCUGACGUAUGUUUGUGGAUGUUGGUGUGUCUGUUGUCGUGGAGACACCACCUGUUGUUUUACUGUUUCCCCAUUAAAAGUGUCUCUGUUGCGUCUCCGUGGAAACCGCAGCUGAGGCCAUGAUGUCAUCAGGUAACACCAACUCCCAGCGUGCACCUCACAUCCCUGUUUCCAUCACCUGGAAUAUUCAAACAAGCAAAUACACAGAAACAGAAUAUUUCACUUUUAUGUGCACCUUUCAGCCCAUUACAGAGCUUCAUACUGUUGUUGUUAGCAUAGCCCCCCCCCCACACACACACACACUGCCAGACUGCAAACUGCAGCUGAGGAGCCAGUCACAUUAAAGGAACAGUUCAACAUAUAGCUGUUACAGUGAACCCUCAGCUGCUACCCACGUUAUGCUAAGCUAACUGCUAGCUGCUUCCACUCAUUAUCCUAAGCUAAGUUAACUGCAAGCUGCAUGAGGAGCAUUCAGGUCAAUCCAAAUAUCUGCAGCUUCUUCUGUUCAUCUGACAGCAGUUUAACCCCUGAACCCUGAAACACCCUGCUGGGUCUGAAAAACUCCAAAACAACAAACCAGAGAGAAUCAUCAGUGAGCAAAGGCGUUUCAUUAAAGGGGACAUAUUAUGCAAACCUCACUUUGUGAAAGUGUUCUUACAGUAGUGUGUGUUGCAGUAGCCUCAUUAUGAGGUUCGAAUUUGAAAACUGUCUGUUUCCUCCCUGCCUUGCUACACCACAUUUUGUGAAAAUGCCUGCUCAAACGUCCGAUUUUGAUUUGGGUCCACUUAUGACGAAAUAAGUGGAUUUAACUCCUCCCCCUGACUGCGCCCCCCCCCCCGCACUGUCCUACCAGCAUCCUACCAGCGUGCAUUUUCCUGGGUGAGGGAGGGGGUUCUGGAGUGGCGGUUCCCUCACAGCGCCACUCUUCUCUCGUUUCCCGGAGCUCGGCUUCUCGGUGCGGGCGCCAGGCAGUGACCAGGCUCAUGGCAUUGGUAGCAGCUGUGUGGAGAGUGGCAGUGACGCGGCGACGUAGGCGGCUCGGUCUCUCGCCCCUCUUCUUCCCCGGCCCGCACUCAGCCAUCCUGACGUGCGGCUUGAACGCGGAAGUCGUGGGGGGCCGGGACGUGAACGCGCGUUCCGCUUUCUCGGCUGCUCGUAGUGCCUCGCUGAGUGUUUGCUUUCUGCAUGGCAGCGGCGGCAGUGGCGCCGGGUGGCUCCCCACUGUCGGCUGGUGGUGGCCGUUGGCUGGCUGCCAUCGCCUGGGGAGAUGCUCCGGCAGCUGGGGAGAUGCUCCGGCAGCCGGCAGUCUGCCGCUGAGGCACUACGAGAAGCCGAGAGAGCGGAACGCGCGCUCACGUCUCGGCCCCCCCAUGACUUCCAUGUUCAAGCCACACGUCAGGAUGGCUGAGUGCGGCCCGGGGAAGAAGAGGAGCGAGAGACCGAGCCGCCUACGUUGCCACCGCUCUCCAGACGGCUGCUACCGGUGCCAUGAGCCUAGUCACUUCGCACGAGACUGCCCGGCACCCGCACCGAGAAGCUGAGCUCCGGGAAAUGAGAGAAGAGCGGCGCUGUGAGGGAACCGCCACUCCAGAACCCCCUGGCUGGCCGCCGGCUGCCGGAGCAUCUCUCCUGCUAGCGGCUGCUGCCUGUGGCGGCCCACCGUUUCGUCAAGGUGCGGCGGGUUCUUGGUGUGGUGAAGCUGUCGGGGAUUACGGGAGCGAACUCUCCGCUGGCCGGCUCUUUUCCUCUUGGGUUUGCUCCUAAGAGGCGGCUCAGUCCCUCGGUGACAGCUUGUUGGAGCUCCCUCAGUUCUUCCUCCAUCUGCAGUCGGGCGAGCGCCAUCCCACUUCUGACACCAAUGUAGCAUUGAGCGCCUCCUCUCACAGAGAGGGGAGGGGGAGUGGGUGCGGACAGAUGUGUUCAUUUGCAUACCUGGAAGCAGGCCCAGAAACAGCCUGUUCUGAGGAGGGCUGGUGAGAGUGAAUUUUUCGACCGCUGAAACUCCGAACAAAGGGUGAUUUUGGGGCAAACAAACUUAAAUACUAUGUUUUUGGGCUUCUGAGACCUAUAUGACUGAGACCUAUAUGACCUAUAGCAUAACAUGGGACCUUUAAAAUCACUUUGUUCUUCUUGUCUUAUUCAAAAAAUAAAGGAAUAAAAAUCUUGCAUUGAAUAAAAUAAAUGCAGCAGAAACAGUGAACAGAGGAGCAUGUUGUUGGAGAACCAUCCAGCGUAGAGAAACAUCUACAGAUGAGGAGCAGAGUAGAGAGGAAACAUGGAGAUAGAAAAACAUCUACAGGAUGAGGACCUGAAACAUCAUAAACAAGACCAAUAGGAGACCCAAAACAUCUACAGUAUGAGGAGAUCUUAGGAGCUUCAGGAGAAACCAGCUGGAAGUUCUGGAAGACAUUUCUAGGAACGUUUUCCAGAACCUCCAGCUGGUUUCUCCUGAAGCUCCUACCAUCAUCAGGACCUGGAUGACUGAGAACCUCCACAGAAGUCUGAGGAGACAUUAGUUCAGAGUUGAACAUCUGAGGAGAUGUGGUGGUUCCUGGUUUUUACAUUUUAGUAAAAAAAUAGUCAAACAAAAUGUUCCUUUCUCUGGUUUCAAUCACUAGCAGUGUCAGAAGACAUCUCUGAGAUCUCUCCUUCUUCAUGAUGUUUUGGUUCCACAGAGGACUUAAACUAAAGAUGAACCUCAGUGAGGUAAAACAGAAACCAGUGGGGGUUCAGAGGGUUAAAGUGUCGUCUGCUAUCAGUUUUCAGUUUAAACAGCCACAGGUUACUACAGUAAAAGUGUCAUCAUAGUUACAGCAGGAAGUUCAUGAUAUCUGAUGGCAUACAGAAGGACCUGGAGAUGGUUCUCUAAAUGUGGAACUGUUCCUUUAAGACCUUUCAUGACAUGUGAGCAGCUGGAUGAGUUCAGGAUGUUUGUUUUCCACUGUCAGCUGAUCCAAACUAUUCAACAAUAAAACAUGAAAACUGA